CUCAAAUCCACUCGAUCCAUUCUCUCUCAUCAACUCUCUCUCUCUCUCUCUCUCUUCAAUUCUUCAACCCCCGUACGGGUUCCGGAGGAAGACCGAUCGAUCUACCACAGGACCGACGACUUCAUGAUGUCACGCGGCUGUCACGAUUGUGAUUGCGCCGUCUGUGAUUGCGCCGUCGCGGGGUGCGGCGGCGAGAUCGUGUUGUUCGGCGUGCGAGUGAAGGCGGACCCCAUGAGGAAGUGCGUUAGCAUGAAUAAUCUGUCGGAUUACGAACGGCCUAUGGAAUCUUCUAACGCCGCUCCCGCCCCCGGUUCCGCCUCCGCCGACGAGGGCGGUCACCACCAGGGCUCCGUGAAUCGCGAGCGUAAGCGAGGUGUCCCGUGGACCGAGAAAGAGCACAAGUUGUUCCUCUUAGGACUGGAAAAAGUAGGCAAAGGGGACUGGAGAGGGAUUUCAAGGAAUUAUGUGAAGACUCGUACGCCAACACAAGUGGCCAGCCACGCUCAGAAACACUUCCUCCGGCGGAACAAUCACAACCGGCGUCGCCGUCGAUCUAGCCUCUUUGAUAUCACAACUGAUUCGGUCACUGCAGUUCCAAUGGAAGAAGAAAAGGUUCAUCAAGAAAGCAAAACUCAAUUGCUUCAGUCACGAACCCAGCCACUACCUCCACUACCGGCUUCCAAUAUCACUGGUUCUCGAGUGCUGCCUUUUCCUGUGUCUAUGGGUCCCGUUUUAAUACCAGUACAGAUUGAGAAUGCAACAGGAAACCUGACCCUAGGACACGUUAAUGAAAUGAAUCAUGAGCCGGUAAUCCGUCCGAUUAGUUUUUUUCCGAUCCCCAAUGCAUCAACAGUCAUACGUGCUAACGUAAAUCAGACGUCGUCGGUGGAUCCCUCACCAUUGUCGCUCAAGCUGUCCUUGACACACGAUCAGAAUCAGCCGUCAAGGCAUUCGUUGUGUCCGGUGAUGCCAAGCUUCAACAAGGGGGAUAGCAUCAUCAGUGUUUCAUGAUUAAGUAUAUCACAUGAAAGAAAACUAUGAAAACCAUGAAGGAUGGAAAGAUCAGGUAAUUAAUGUGACUAGAGCCGAUCCUUGGUGCUAUACAGACCAAAAGCAUUGUGAUGCCUUAUUGUCCUCUUUGUUUUGUGCUCUUUAUCUCAAGAUUCUUGUUUAGUAGUAUAUGUCUAUUCAUUUUUCUAGUUGUGGAUACCUGAGAGCACUCAGGACCCUAUAGUCUGCUGCUGUUCUGGGUAUGUUUGGUCUGGUGGUUUUCAUAGGGCCUUAUUUCGGGAAAAUAUAUAAUGGGUCUACUAGUGGACAGUCAUUGUAUUACCAUUUAUGAAGGAAUAUUCGGGCUUUGUUGCUUUA